UAGAGAGUGAACUAGAAAAAAUUUUCAAUCUUCUCUCAUCACUGUACUCUAGUCUCAGCUACCUUCACUUCUCUUUACAUUUCUUCUUUAAUUCAACAUAUACACCAUACUCAAACAAUGGGUCUCUCUUCGUUAAAAAAGCUUCUCUCGCACAAGAAAUCCGAAACGUCUUCAAACACUACUACUACUACUACUACUACAACGAUAACAAGUAGCCCGAAUUCGAGUUCAGUAUCAGUAGCAGCAGCUGGUACACCUUCGUCCUCCUCCUCCUCUUCAUCCUCCAGCCCACAGACACGUUCACCCACCAACUCUAUCUACUCUGGAUCGAACAAUAGUUCUCUUACAAACAUCAUGGCUCCCCCUCCUGGUUAUAUGCGCGACCCUACACGUUGUGGUAAUCAUCCUGAUGUCGUUGGUUUUUAUAAUGAUCCCAUGGGCGGUAGAUUUUCUCUGAAUCAUGGUUAUGAUUGUACCAAUACGGGCGCGUAAUCAUCCUUUUUCACGCUAGGAAAAAGGGCCGCAAGAUAUGAUAUGAUACCCCAUCCGCCUCCUUCGCCUUUUCACGUACUAUAAAAGCGCCCUUUACUUUUUAUACUAUUUAUUCAGUGGGGAUACCUCUUCUUCAUUCAUCUUUACUAUUAUUUACUAUUUACUUUAUAAUAAAUCAAAAUUUUGCUUUUUAAGGCUUCAUUAUCAUAAUGAACUAAUCGUUGUUUAUGAGAUAUUAUACACAUGUCAAGUGGAAAAAAAAGGGCAACACGGAUGCUGUUGCUAAAGAUAGGGAGCCUAUGUCGUUCGAUCGCUUAUUAGGCUGUAUAUUCUCGGUUUAUUUUGCUUUUAUUUACCAAGUUGAUUAUAACGUACCACCUUCUUUAAGCACACUACAUUUUCAAUAGGAGGUAGGCUUGGACCGGUUUUUUUUUUUUUUUUU